AUGGCCGCUGCCGCGCAUUGGAAGCGCAUGUCGUUCCUGAUCAAUGACGGGGCAGCCUUCCUGUUUUCGGCAGUUGACCACUCCGCCAAGGUGGUGAGGCCGCCGCCAUCUUGCGCUGCAUUCGUGCGGGUUGCUGUGGGAGAGCAACAUGUCGCACUACUCAGCGCCGAUGGAGAGGUGCACAUCUACUCCGUCACCCUGGCGAUAUCUGGAAAGGAUGUCGUACAGCUACUCGGCGUCGUUCGCGACGACUACCUCCACUUCACGCAGAUCGCUGCCGGGGCGCACUUCACGGACGAGCGCCUCAGCCCCCUUAAUAUCAGCGAGGGAGCGGUGGACUUCCUAAUCGCGGCCUGGGGCAAUGCAAUCGGGAUCCUUAGCGACGGCAUCUUGCAGAUCAUCCAUCCGCAGGGCGAGGAGAUCUGCGAGUGGGAGGUCCAUCGGACCAUCGUGCAAAUCAGCAUGUCAAAUCACGUGGUCUUACUGGGUGACGACGGUACUGCCCACGCUUUGGGCAGGAACGACGCGGGCCAGUGCGACCUACCCGAUCUCGAGGAUAACGUGAAGUUCACGGAGGUCGCAGCCGGGUGGAAGCACUCGGUGCUGCUGCGCAGCGAUGGGACUGCAGCAGCUUGCGGCAGCAAUGACUGGGGGCAGUGCAACAUCCCACCUCUGAGUGAGGGCGUCACCUACACGCAUGUCGCGGCCGGGGCGAAGUAUGCCAUAUGCAACGCAAGUGACGGGAACAUUGUGGUUUGUGGAUUGUCCGCGAACAACCAGGACAUCGCAUUUCGUGCCCCGGGCCCGGGCACCGCCUUCGCUGCUGCGGCGCCGCCCUCGAUGCUGCUGCAGGCGACGCUGGCGGACCUCGCAAUGAUAUUCCGGACAGACCUCAGUCUCAUCCGAAACUACACUGAAGACGAUUUGGCGUGA